CCAUAUCAACCGUAUUUUGUAAAGCCGGCAUUUUUUUUAAACAACUAACAGUACUAUAAACUUAAACUGUACAUUUAAUCCUCUUGCAAUAAACUGUAAUUCUACAUCAUAUAAAAUUCUGAAUGAGUUAAUUUUGCUUCACAAAAAAGAUACACGUGAUUAAAAUAGGCUAUAUAAAAGAAUAAAACACUUUUUUCCUUUUACUUUUAAAGACGAGUAUGUAAAUAAAACAUAUCUGCUAGGUGAACGAUCCAUCAAAUACUUAAGUCAUCAUGAAAUCUACUAACAAACUUUUAAAACCCGUUAUAAUUUUGUUAUGUUCGACUAUACUAAUUUUUAUAGUGAUAUUCAUCUUGGUGAAAAAAGAUAAACAGCUGGAGAUGCAGAAUCUUUUGGAAGUUUCAGAAGAGGAGCAGCUCAGAUUUAUUGAUGGAAUUGAUCAUCUUUUAGUGGAUUUGGAUGGUGUGGUUAAAAUAGCAGAUUCAGUAAUACCUGGAGCCAACGAAUGUUUGGAUAAAUUUAAACGACUUGGAAAAUCUGUAAGCUUUGUAUCCAACAAUGCACUAAACACUCCUGACGAAAUUCUGCAAAAAUUACUUCAUAUGAAUUUAACUGUCGAUAUCAAUGAUAUUUUCAAUCCCCAGAUGGCAGUAUUAGAUUACCUACAACGAAUUAACUACCAGAAAAAAAUAUAUAUGAUAAGUACAGACAGCUACAAGGAAUAUUUAAGAAAGGAGGGUUUUAAAAUCGUCGAUAGUCCGAAUGAAACAUUAGAUGAAAGUUUACCACAUUUAUCAGAUAAGAUUAAGGAUGAUCCUGAGAUAGAACUAGUUGUAGCAGACUUUGAUUAUAAUAUAUCUUUGCUAAAAAUUACACAAGCAGCGCACCAUUUGUUAAAACCAAAUAUUACCUUUUUAACAGGUGGGACAGAUAAGACUUUUCCUGCUUCUAACGGAAAAUUUAUAGUAGCUUGCCACUACAUUUAUAAAGCUUUAGAAGAUUAUAGCGGCAAAAAACCUAUAACAUUGGCAAAACCAUCUAAAGACUACAGCAAAGUCAUACAAGCUAAAUUGAAGAUUACAGAUCCAGCUAGAGUCCUUUUCAUUGGAGAUACUUUUUUUUUAGAGUAGUAGAAGAUUUGGGAUUCGCUACAGUGAAUAAUUAUCAGAAACUUCUCGUUCUUACUGGAAAUACUAAAAUGAAAAAUAUCCAAAAUUGGACGUAUCCGGAAGAAUAUAAACCAAAUUAUUAUAUACAGAGUUUACAUGAAUUAAAUAUGUUAUUAGCUCAAUUAAAAAAUGUAUAAAAUAAAAUGUAUUCUAAAUCACAAA